AUGAAAAUGAGCCAGCAAGAUUAUACGCAAUCAGUGCAACUCCCAAACAGAGUUUCGGCCUUUCAAAGAUAUAGCAUGAAAAAGAAAUCAAUAUUUAAUAAGAAGAAAAUGGCAUUCAAAAAGCUAAAAACAAAGAAACCCAGUAUAGCAGCUCCUCUGAAACUGAACUUUCGAAGUUCUAAAAUAGAAUUCCCAGCUCCAAAGGAGAAUCUGCCUGUUGAGCUCUCACCAAUUCAGGAGUGUAAAGUUAAGAAAAUAAAGAAGGUUAAUCCAAUCAAAAGAGGGAGAUACCACUUCAAUGUAGAGAAAAUGCUUCAAGACUCGAGAGUUAGUGUCUACUCUAAGAUCAUCAAGAAAGCAAUGGAUGAUCUCAUAACCAAGCCUAAAUAAAAUCAACAGAAAAUCUUCAAAAAGAGAUGAAAUUCUGGCACAGAAUCGGACACCUCUGUCCUUUCGGACUCAUGAUGAAGAACAAAUUUUGAUGAAUAAUACGCAAGGAAGAAUGUCAAAUGCAUUUUCUCUCAACAGUAGAUUUAGUAUGAUUAAGAACACUACGAUUGAUCAAAGGCAUUUUAGUAUGAGGAAAGCUUUUAGUCCACAGCCAAAUUCUAAUGGGUGGCUUAAAUCUCCCACAAUGACUAGAUCCCGACAUAUGAGUCCAUCAGAAACUACAAAUAAACAGGUUUCAGAUUCUUCUCUCUGCUCGAGAAAUGAAAUCAUUGAAGAAUUGAGAAAGAAAAUUUAUGUUGUGAAUCAGAACAAAAGUAAAAAGAAAAAGAAAUCGGUGACAGCAUUUCUCUCCUUGCCUAGGAGAUUUAAUAAAGAUCUAAUGGACCAAGUCAUCAGCAAUUUGUUACAAACGAAAGCUAAGAAGAGAGUCCCUCAGAGUUUAAAGAAAGACCCUGAAUUCCAAAGGAGGUUUUCAAGAUAUAGCAUUCUCAGUCCGAUUCUGAGAGGUCCGAGAUUCACUUUAAAUGAUGACAACCCAUCUCAGGAGACUACUAAUAUUAACUCUCCUUUCUCUCUCACAUCAGACAAGAGCAUUCCAACGGUUGAUAAUAUAGUCAAUCGGAAAGAAACCAUGCGCAAAAAGAGCAGGCAAAGUCGGUUUAUCCACUUGUAAUAACUCUUCCUUAUUUAUUAAUAUCUUAAUCAGAACUCCUUGUCAAAAUAUCGAGGGAUAGUGAAGUUUAUUUCAUAAGAUCUUGCAGUAUUUUCUCUAUUCGGGCAUUCUUCCAAGAGGUCAAUAUGAAUUUUUCAUAUAAGUUGUAAAAAUAAUCAAC